AUGGCGCAGAAUAUAAAAGAGCAGCUGGUCGGCAAGUCUACUGAGACACCACUCAGUGCACACGUUAAAGCCCAUUUUAUGCAACAUGCGAGGGUAGAUGGAGAAUCUGGUGAAUUAUAUAUGACAAAAGAAGACUUCAUUAAUGCCAUUGCUCCUAAGAAUGAAGACUAUCAUAAAAUAAAACGCGAACAGUACGGCAUCCUCUUCAAUGUUGCCGACCGAAGACGCACCGGCAAGAUCAGCCUCCAGGACUGGUCGACGUUUGAGGACCUCCUCGCCAAACCGGACGCAGAGUACGAAAUAACAUUCCGAUUAUUCGACACGGAGGGAACGGGAAUAGUCAAGCAUGAGACGCUACAGAAACUUUUCACUUCUGCAAAGGGUGACAGCAACAUUCCGUUUGACUGGAAUUCCGGAUGGGCUGCACUCUACACAGGCUCGAAGAAGACAAGACACGAUAUGACAUACCCGCAAUUCGCUCAGAUGCUUCGCGGAUUACAAGGGGAGAGGAUAAGACAGGCAUUCCAUCUGUUCGAUAAAGACGGAGACGGCUACAUCGAGCCUGAAGAUUUCCAGCGCAUCAUCCUAGAGACCUCACAACACAAACUGUCAGACCACCUGUUGGAAAACCUGCCUACGCUAUGUAACAUUUCGUCUGGCAGCAAGAUAUCCUACGCCAACGUGCGUGCAUUCCAGAACAUCAUCAGAGAAAUGGAUAUCAUAGACUAUAUCAUCCGCAGCGCUGUUCGCAAAAGUGAUGAUGGAAAAAUCACUCGAUCAGAUUUCCUGAACGAGGCAGCCCGCAUCACCCGCUUCUCCCUCUUCACACCAAUGGAGGCAGACAUUCUGUUCCAUUUUGCCGGGCUUGAUGCACCUUCCGGCAGACUCGAACUUGGCGAUUUUGCAAAAGUCAUCGACGCCUCGUGGCACAGCGCCAGCGUUCUAGGCAGAGAAGCAUUGGCCGGCGCAUCAAAGGCAAGUGAAAAAGUCACAAGAAAAACAAGCCCAUUGCUUCACAAUAUCCUGGAGUCGGUUCACCAUUUCGCACUUGGAAGUAUUGCUGGUGCGUUUGGAGCGUUUAUGGUUUACCCAAUCGAUCUCGUCAAGACCAGGAUGCAGAACCAGAGGAGUGCACGUGUCGGUGAGAAAAUGUAUAUGAACUCACUCGACUGUGCUAAGAAAGUUGUCCGAAAUGAGGGUGUCCUAGGGCUGUAUUCUGGAGUUAUUCCACAAUUGAUUGGAGUUGCGCCCGAGAAAGCUAUCAAGCUUACCGUAAAUGACUUGGUUAGAGGAUUCUUCGCAGACAAAGAUAAGGGCGGCAAGAUAUGGUGGCCGCAUGAGGUUAUUGCUGGUGGUUCUGCUGGUGCUUGUCAAGUCGUCUUUACAAAUCCAUUAGAAAUCGUCAAGAUCCGCCUCCAGAUACAAGGAGAGAUUGCGAAGAAUGUUAACGAAACAGCUCCCCGUAGAUCUGCAAUGUGGAUCGUGAAGAACUUGGGUCUUAUGGGACUAUACAAGGGAGCUAGCGCUUGUCUACUUCGUGAUGUUCCCUUCUCUGCAAUCUACUUCCCCACAUACUCCCAUCUAAAAACAGAUUUCUUCGGCGAAUCUUCUACCAAAAAGCUAGGCGUUAUUCAGCUCCUGACUGCUGGAGCCAUUGCCGGUAUGCCUGCUGCCUACCUCACUACACCAUGUGAUGUGAUCAAAACCCGUCUCCAAGUCGAAGCUCGAAAGGGAGAGACGAAGUACACCUCUCUUCGUCACUGUGCCACUACCAUUUUGAAAGAAGAAGGAUUCAAGGCUUUCUUCAAGGGUGGCCCAGCCCGUAUUUUGCGUUCGUCACCUCAAUUUGGUUUCACCCUUGCUGCCUAUGAGGUGCUCCAAAAAUGGAUGCCGAUGCCAGGCACUGAGCAUGAAGAAGUGACCCCAACCGGCUACGUCGAACCCGGAGCUAGCCUACAGUCAGCCUCUGGUCCAAUGCCAUAUCUUCGAUCGCGCAAUGCUUUGAAACUUAUCCUAGACCUAGAGCCGAACUUUGGUCGCCUGCAGGCUCCGGCGGGAGUUAGCUUACCAGUGCUGGGCAAGUAA